AUGGCCGGAAUAGCUUGCGCGGCGUCGGUGACACAGUUGGUUGGGCUCGCCUUGAAAAUCAUGAAGGCGGCAGCUAAUGCCCACCAUAACAAGGACAAGUGCGACGACCUGGCACUCCGAGUCUACGCGAUCGCCGAUCAUCUGCUGCGGCUGAAGGAUCCGGAGGUGAUGGGGCCGGUGGUCGGGCUUCGCGACGCGCUCGAGCAAGCGCACAAGCUCAUCACGCAGAGCCGGACCCGCCGCUUCGUCAAGGCCAUCUUCCAGCCCGAUAGUUUCGACGACGUCAAUAAAAGGAUCGACUCCUUCCUUCUCGUCUUCCUGAUCGGCAUAAACCGCGGCAACGUCCCGGUUCCGAACAGCACCGCCGGACAUCCCCACUCCUCCCUGCCUGCAGUUUCUCGGGCGGAGUCGGAGCCGGAGGGAGCUGGGAAGUUCACGCUGGCGAGGAUCAAGGAGGCGACAAACAACUUCGCCGAUGUCCUCGGCGAAGGCGACUCUGGAAAGGUGUACAAGGGCGAACUCGACGGGCGGGCGGUGGCCGUGAAGCGCCUCAAGAACGGGCCGCGACGACGCGCGGACGACGUGUUCGGCACAGAGCUCGUCAUUCUCCGCCAGCUCAGCCACAAGCAUAUCGUCCGCCUCGUGGGCUCGUGCGCGGACGAGGAAGAGCGCGUGCUCGUCUACGAAAACAUGGACAACGGCACGCUCAGAGAACACCUCCAGAACAAUGCGUCCGAGCUGGCGGCGUCCUGGAAGAGGCGCGUCCAGGUGCUGCUGGGCGCGGCGUGCGCCAUCGAACACCUGCACUGCCACGCCAGGCCGCAGCUCAUGCACAGCAACGUUACUUCAUCCAACAUCCUUCUUGACCGGAGAUGGCAACCACGCGUGUCGGGCUUCGGCGCGUCGGUCUGGCGAGCCCCCGGCGCGCCGUCGCAGGCCGUGGAAGUCGUCCACACGAAUGGAUACCAAGACCCGGAAUACCGCAGAACAGGCCUUCUGAAACCGGCGACCGACGUGUACAGCUUCGGUGUGGUGAUGCUCGAGGUGUUGACGGGGAGGGAGCCGGUGGUAGGUAAUAUCUGGGAGGAUAACAAGAGGAUGAUGAUCGAUAAGAUGUUGGUACCCUGGGCGCUAACGAGCAUUAAGGCCCGGAAACUGGGCGAAGUGCUUGACAGGCGCCCCGCGUCUGAGCCAACUACAAGCCAGAAACACGCGCUGAUGUUGGUAGCAGACACGGCGUCAAGCUGUUUGCGGCAGGAUGGGGAUAGCCGGCCGGCAAUAUCGGAGGUUGUGGCAAGUCUCGAGAAGGCACUCCAUCUCAUUUGCUAG